AUGGUUCCCGACGCUUCGCAGCUGCUUCGUUGCUUCAACCUCGCCGUUGUGUUGGUGGCUUCGGUCCUGUUCCACCGGAUGCAGUGCCAGCAACUGAGCGACUACGAUAACCCUGUGGUUCGCGAACGCGUCACUCAGCUCGUUUACGCCGAAAUCUCAAAUGUUACCUCGCUCCUCAAUCACGAAAUCGAAACCAGCGCCAGUUUCUGCGUCAAAGAUCCGAAUGCUGAUUGGAAUAAAGCAUUUAAUUUUUCUUCUGAUUUGGACUUUGUGUUCUCUUGCUUUCGGAAGACUGAAGGAGAUAUGUCACAACGGUUGUGUACAGCAGCAGAAAUAAAAUUUUACUUAAAUAGCUUAUUGGAGAGUAGGACUAGCAGUGCCAACUAUUUGAAGCCUAACAAGAACUGCAAUUUAAACUCAUGGGUAUCUGGUUGUGAGCCAGGAUGGGCAUGUAGUGUUCCCACAGAUCAGCAACCUGACCUUAGAAAUUCAAAGGAGAUACCUGACAGAACUACAAACUGUCAAGCAUGUUGUGAGGGGUUCUUCUGUCCUCAUGGCAUCACAUGCAUGAUACGUUCUUAUUGCCCUCUUGCUACACUCAAUAGUACAACUGGUGUUUGUGAACCAUAUCUUUAUCAAUUGCCUCCACUGCAGCCGAAUCAUACCUGUGGAGGAGCAAAUAUUUGGGCUGAUAUUAGUAGCAGUAGUGAGAUGUUCUGUUCAGCAGGAUCAUAUUGCUCCACAAUUACCAAAAAAGUUCCCUGUAGUAGUGGGCAUUACUGCAGGACGGGCUCUACAUCUGAGCAACGUAAGAUCUCAUAA